GUGGGAACAAGUCGCCCAACAAAGCAUGUUACAGUGCAGACAUGACUUGUCCGUCAGACAGCGAGAAAAUCGUAAUAAACUGCGGAGGGGUGCGACACGAGACUUACCGCAGCACCCUCAAGACGUUGCCCGGUACCCGCUUAUCUUGGCUUACCGAUCCGGACGCGUUUAGCAACUUCGACUAUGACCCCAAAAUCGACGAGUUCUUCUUCGACCGCCACCCUGGCACAUUCACAUUCAUCCUCAACUACUACCGCACAGGCAAGCUUCACUGUCCCAACGAUGUGUGCGGCCCACUGUUCGAGGAGGAGCUCGCCUUCUGGGGCAUCGACGAGACGGACGUGGAGGCGUGCUGCUGGAUGAACUACCGUCAACACAGGGAUGCCGAAGAGGCGCUGGACAGCUUCGAGCAGCCCGAGCCAGAGGAGCCGGAAGACGACCUGGAGCUGACUGCGGACGGAGAGCUCAAGAGGCUGUGCCUGCACGAAGACGGACGCAAGAGGAGCUGGUGGAGUGUGUGGCAACCCUAUUUCUGGAAUCUUUUUGAGGAUCCGUAUUCUUCCAAGAAUGCCAAGCGUAGCACUGCGGUGCUGAUAGUAGCUGACUGCGCGCCGAUUUCUGCUGCAGCGCAACACACGAAGCAGCUGUCUAAAAGGAGAGAGAACGGGAAAGGGGGAGGUGGAGAGAUCGGGGGCUGUUUGUGCUAG